GGGUCAGGUGGUCUGGGGUCUCAUGUGUAAUGUGUGUAUAAUCCGCCAGGUUAGUCCGGCGGCGUUGCGUCGCCAGGCCGGGUCAGGUGGUCUGGGGUCUCAUGUGUAAUGUGUGUAUAAUCCGCCAGGUUAGUCCGGCGGCGUUGCGUCGCCAGGCCGGGUCAGGUGGUCUGGGGUCUCAUGUGUAAUGUGUGUAUAAUCCGCCAGGUUAGUCCGGCGGCGUUGCGUCGCCAGGCCGGGUCAGGUGGUCUGGGGUCUCAUGUGUAAUGUGUGUAUAAUCCGCCAGGUUAGUCCGGCGGCGUUGCGUCGCCAGGCCGGGUCAGGUGGUCUGGGGUCUCAUGUGUAAUGUGUGUAUAAUCCGCCAGGUUAGUCCGGCGGCGUUGCGUCGCCAGGCCGGGUCAGGUGGUCUGGGGUCUCAUGUGUAAUGUGUGUAUAAUCCGCCAGGUUAGUCCGGCGGCGUUGCGUCGCCAGGCCGGGUCAGGUGGUCUGGGUUCUCAUGUGUAAUGUGUGUAUAAUCCGCCAGGUUAGUCCGGCGGCGUUGCGUCGCCAGGCCGGGUCAGGUGGUCUGGGGUCUCAUGUGUAAUGUGUGUAUAAUCCGCCAGGUUAGUCCGGCGGCGUUGCGUCGCCAGGCCGGGUCAGGUGGUCUGGGGUCUCAUGUGUAAUGUGUGUAUAAUCCGCCAGGUUAGUCCGGCGGCGUUGCGUCGCCAGGCCGGGUCAGGUGGUCUGGGGUCUCAUGUGUAAUGUGUGUAUAAUCCGCCAGGUUAGUCCGGCGGCGUUGCGUCGCCAGGCCGGGUCAGGUGGUCUCGGGUCUGAUGAUGAUAUCAUGAAUCGCCGUCGGACCAUCAGCGGUCCGCUCACCGACCAGACAGACUCCGCCCAGAUCCAGUCCCCGCGGCAACACACUGAGCUACGCCCAGAACCCCGCCCACGCUCCACGGUCGUCACGCCGACAGGAGAAGGGCUUAUUACGGAUGGAACAGCGACCAUCAACCGAAGGAGAAAGCCCCACCCCCCCAACUAUUCUGACGCAGAGAAGUUCCAUCUGAUGGAGACAGACACCAUUCGGCGACGCCCACGCAGCCGCGAGCACAGCAAUGACCAAUCAGACAACAGCACAACCAGCAGCAGCCAACCAGAGAUUAGCACAACCAGCGUCGACCAACCAGCGAGAGCCAUACCUGGCAGCGGCCAAACAGACAGCAGCAGGAAGAACGUUGACCAACCAGAGAGCAGCAGGAAGAGCGUUGACCAACCAGAGAGCAGCAUUGACCAAUUGCAUCGCAGCCAGUUGGCCCCCCAGCAGGUGAACGGAGGGGUCGACCAAUCACACCGCAUCAUCCUGCGGAUGCGGCCCGGGUCGGAAGCUGAGGGGGAGGUGGCCUCUCGCAGGGAGAGCUGUGAUAGGCCAGAAGUCAGGAAGCCGCUGAAGCCGCCGGUGUCGCCCAAACCCUCGAUGGCGGCCGUGAGGAGACAGCAGCAGGACCCCCCCACCCCGACCAGACGCGUCCCCUUGCCUGGGCCUGAAGCUGACAGUCCUGCAGAUCCGAGGUGGAUGCCUCCCCCAGUCUCCUUCAAACCCUGCCCUCCUCCCACCGGUCCUAAACCCACCAAACCCUCACUCUCCUCCCCCACCCCUCUCCCCAGACCUCUCCCUAUCCCAGACACCCUCACCCCUUCCUCCCUGUCCCCUGUCCCCCCCUACACCUCCUCCUCCUCUCCCGCCACCAGCCCCUCCACUCCCCAGACCCCCUCCACCCCCGGUUCCACCCCCCACCCCGUCAAGCCUCCCCGCUCCUCUAUUUCUGGCCUCUCUGUCGACCUGCUGCUGGGGAGGGAGGGGGAGGAGAGGGAGGAGAGAGGGAGGGAGGAAGAAAGACUAAAAGAGGACCGGAGAGAAGUUGAGAAGGUGGAGGAGGAGAAGAGAGUUGAGAGGAGGAGAGAGAAGGAGGAGGUGGAGGAGGAGAGGAGAGUUGAGAGAAGGAGAGAGAAGGAGGAGGAGAGGAGAGUUGAAAGAAGGAGAGAGAAGGAGGAGGAGCAGACCAAGGAGGAGGCUCCAGCCCAAGUAGGGGAGGAGGAGGAAGAAGAGGAGGUGCAUCAUCUGAGGUUGGAGGAGACCAGCGCCUCCCUCGCUGCAGCUCUGGAAGCUGUGGAGCAGAAGAUUAACCAGGAUCACACACACAACCAUUCUCUACUGGAGGAGAAGACGACAGUCAACAUUCUAGAUGACAUCGGCAGCAUGUUUGACGACCUGGCGGACCAGUUGGACGCCAUGUUGGACUAGAGCUCCCAGCGUCGCUACGACAACCAGCCAAGAGCUGACUGCUUAUGCCAGCUAUCCCAGGGUGCUUUGCGGCUCCUGUAUAGAAUAGCUGUGAUAGAAGUGUUCCUGUGUGUUCAUAUUCCUGACGUAGUGCACUACUAUAGAGCUCGGGUUGACUGCACUACAUAGGAGGGAAUGGGGAUGUUACCGUGGUGAUGUUACCGUGGUGAUGUUACCGUGGUGUUGGGUGGUAGAUGUUCCUGAAGCAGGAAGUUGUAGAUGUUUGUAUUCUCCAUCCCCUCUCUCAUUGGUCAAGAAAUAUUCUGAAAGCACACACAGGCAGGUAGACAGACAACCACAAAGUGUUAAGCACAGAAACAGACAGACAGACAGACAGACAGACAGACAGACAGACAGACAGACAGACAGACAGACAGACAGACAGACAGACAGACACAAGGUGUUAAGCACAGAAACAGACAGACAGACAGACAGACAGACAGACAGACAGACAGACAGACAGACAGACAGACAGACAGAAGGUGUUAAGCACAGAAACAGACAGACAGACAGACAGACAGACAGACAGACA